AUGGCAAACAUCUGGACCACCCGUACGGUCCUUCUAACGGGUCUCGUCAUCUCUCUCCUCGGCGCCUUUUACGUCUACCAAUCCCCGACACCACUCAACUUCAGCAUGCCUCAUCCGACCUCAAGCAGCGCCAGCAUACCCGGUCUGGAGUUCACACUAAACCAAAUAUCUCGCUCCCCGCCAACUCUACUUAUAACGCUCAAAAACACCAGCCCAGACACACCCUAUACAGUUCUGAAGUGGAAUACCCCGCUAGACUCUUCCGCACUCAAUAGCGGCGUCUUCACCAUCACUGAUGUGGAAAGUGGAGAAGAGGUCAAGCAAACUAUCUUGCAAAUCAACCGCAAGAUGCCUCCCCCACAAGAAUCACUCGUCACUCUUGCACCGGGCACGGAAGAGGAAGCUGAAAUCAUAUUUGAUAAGCAGUGGAUGCCUGAGCGCAAGCCAGCGAAGUACAAGGUCCGGGCCCAAGGAGUAUGGAAAGGCGUUUGGGAAAGUAUGGAGAUGAAGUUACAAAGGAAGAAUUGUAUGAUUAUGCUGGGAGUCCUUUCAGUGGAUGGAGGUUUGUGA